ACGAACACGGUGGUGAUGGAGGUGAUACGACGGCUGUCAAAACCACUCGUUGGCGAAUACUUGAGGCAAACCCUAAUCAAUACAUCUCAGAUUAAGCCCAUUCUAAAACCAAGAAUUUUCUCUUCUUCAUCAUCUUCUUAUUCUACUCAAGUAGGCUGGUUUAAUGGGUUGGGAAAGAAAAAAAAGAUUAUCAGUUUACCAUCUAUUGUGCAAGCCGGUGACCCGGUUCUUCAUGAACCCGCCCGAGAAGUCAUGGUUGGAGAAAUCGGGUCGGAGCGUAUCCAGAAGAUAAUUGAUGAUAUGAUUCAAGUUAUGAGAAGACGACCCGGGGUUGGCCUUGCUGCUCCCCAAAUUGGUAUUCCUUUAAAAAUUAUUGUAGUGGAGGAUACUAAAGAAUACAUAGCACAAGAACCAGAAGAAGAGACCAAGGCACAUGACAGGCAUCCUUUUGAUCUUAUGGUUAUUUUGAACCCAAAACUUAGAAAAAAGAGCAACAAGUCAGCAUUGUUUUUUGAAGGUUGUUUAAGUGUUGAUGGAUACAGAGCAUUGGUUGAAAGGUUUCUUGAGGUAGAGGUUAGGGGGUUGGAUCGAGAUGGGAAGCCCAUGAAGGUGAAUGCUAGUGGGUGGCAGGCUCGUAUUUUACAACACGAAUGUGAUCAUCUAGAGGGAACUCUGUAUGUUGACAAGAUGGUGAAACGAACAUUCAGGACCGUUGAGAACGUGGACUUGCCUCUUGCUAGUAGUUGUCCUAAGCAGGGUGUUUGCUAGCAUUAUGGUUUCAAGGUCUAUUCAGUAUGAGUACUAGGCUACCAGUUAUGGUCGCUUUGCCAUGAAUACUUUAGAAGAUUUAUCAUCUUUUAGUCGGGAAAUUAUAGUGUCAUAGCUUGGAUGUUGAAAAAUAAAGAGCUUCCAAAAUGGGAUCAUCAGAAUUCAUAGGUAUGAUCCCUUGAUGUCAGACAUUACGAGACAUUACGAGUCACAUACUGAAUGUUCAUGCAACCGAUUGAUAUAGAAUUUAAAAAAAAAAAAAAUAUCCCUAAACAGUUUUAUACCAAAAUCGAUCUUGGCUACAUGAACCACCUGAUUGUCUAAA